GACGGGACCACCGAAAAAAAAUGUCUGAAAUGCGCGUUUUUUCGGAGAAGAGCGCACACAGGUUUCGUAGUGUUUCGUAGCGUAUUCGUCUGUAAACGUUUCUUCCCUUCACGGCCGCAGACGUCUUCAGGCGGCCCCUGCCCGUCGGUCUCACACUAUUUGGGUGUGUUUAUGUUCGGCCCCUUUUGCAGGUGUGAAACCCAAUAUCCGAACAAGUGUCGCGGGAGGACCUGUUGCUCGCCAACGGCGCGCGAAUGGCUCUUUUUGCACGACUGGUCUGCAAACGAAAAAACCUGCCGUCGGCGAGGACAGCGAGACCCUUCCCUCACAGGGGGACAGAGUAGUGCGCUCUUCGCCGACCCAGAGAAAAACCGCACUGGAGGGGGACAAGCCCCGCCAUAGAAGGUUCCGAUCCGCUUCUCGUGGGCCCCGCCUCGCCGACCGAACGCGCCUCCCGGCUUUGUACAAGUUUUCAAGCGCCUUCGAACAUAAAUUUCUCUACGACGGGGCGACGGCGCUAGCUCCAAUUUGAACACAUAUCGGACCGCCAUCUCCGUGCACGUAGCGAGCGCGGACCUCGGGAGUACGCGCGAAAUUCAGCGACCCGCCGGGGCUCGUGCGGAGACCCCUUGCUCGUGAGGUUUCGUGUACGGGCAAGCACGUCAUCGAAAUCGGUCUUCGCGCGCUGCGCGGGCGCGAGUCUCCGACGACUCGAGGCGACCGGAAAAGGUCCUCGGACUCUGUCUCGAGGUGCGCCUCGUUGGCCGUCGUUGGAAGUGCGUGCGUGUGCCAAGUUGACGGAAAUUUUGAAUAUACACUCCCGAAAUUUCGACGAAAUAUCCCUUUUUAACCGCAAAGCGGUUUGCAUCUUUUCUACCAUGACAUAAUCGUGCACAUUAUUUGUUGGUUUAGCUACAAAAAUGUCAGUCCUUGGUUUGGAUAUAGGCAAUGCCAAAUCUGUUAUUGCAGUUGCCCAGCGCGGCGGCGUUGACAUUGUCGCCAAUGAGACGUCGAAUCGCAGCACGCCGAGCCUGGUGGCGUACGGGGAGAAGCAGCGAUUUGUGGGCGAGGGCGCCGCCGUCCAACAACUGACCAACCUGCAGAACACCAUCGGCAACAUCAAGAACCUGCUGGGCGUGCGUUGGCAGGAUCCCGGCUUUCAGUCGAUGUUGCCGUCUCUUGGAUUUUACGACGUGGUACAACUCCCGGACGGCUUUGUCGGCGUGCAGGUGAACUACAAGGGGAAGGCGCACGUCUUCACGCCGGAGCAGGUCUUGGCGGCGCUGUUGGUGACGCUGAAGAACAUCACUGAAAAGGACGUCGGCGCCAAGUGUUACGACGUGGUGAUCUCCGUGCCUUUCUACUACAACGUCUUCCAGCGCCAGGCCGUGCUAGACGCCACGAAAAUAGCCGGGCUGAACGCCCUGCGCCUGAUCAACGACCACUUGGCGUCGGCGGUCAACUACGGCCUAUACAAGGUCGACAUUACUGACAAGCACCCUCGUCGCGUGAUGAUCGUCGACUUGGGUUACAGCGGCAUUCAGGUGGCGAUUGUGGAGUUCAAGAAGUCCGAGGCCAGGGUGCUUAGUUGCGGCCACGCGCAGGGGAUCAGCGGCUACGGGAUCGACAUGGCGCUCAGCAAUUACGUCGCCGACGAGUUUCAGGCAAAACACAAAAUAGACCUUCGCAAAUACCCGAAAAGCUGGUUUCGCAUACAGGUGGCCGCUUCGAAGGUGAAGAGGACCAUCAACCUCAGCCCGACCGCGCCGUUUUACUGCGAGUGCAUUUAUGAGGAGCUCGAUCUGAACGUUAUGUUGUCUCAAGAUAAGUACAAGGAGAUCAUCACUCCGCUGAUAGAACACAUACCCCCCGUAAUACAAACCUGUCUUGAUCGAGUCGGCGUGAAAUCGCAGGACUUACAUUCUGUAGAGCUCAUUGGGUCCUGUUCGCGCAUACAGCCCAUUCAGAAGUACAUUAGUUCGUACCUGGGAAGGGGCCUGUCCUUCACAAUGAACGCCGAGGAAGGCGUUGCCAAGGGGUGCGCUCUUCAGUGCGCGAUUCUUUCGCCCAAGUUCCGCGUCCGCGAAUACAAGCUCCUCGACAUUUCGAGCAGCUCGAUCGAGGUCAGUUGGAGCGACGUCGACGACGACGGCAACGUCGAAGACCGAUGUGUUGAAGUGUUUCCAGCCGACUCGGUCUAUCCUUCGUCCAAAUGGAUCAACUUUUUGCGUCCCCAAAGCAACUCUCUGUCGAUCAAGAUUCGCUACAAGGAGGUCGCGUCCGACGUCCUGGACCCCACCAUUGCCACCGUGAACGUCACGAACAUCCCGACCAUCAGCUCGAACAACGACACGAGCGUGCGCAUAAAAAUUUGUCUGGACAUUCACGGCAUGGUGCGAAUCGAGGGCGCGGACCUCGUCGAAAAGGUCGAGGUGGACUCCCCGUGUCCGGCAUCCCCCGUUCCCCAGAGCGCGGGCGCCGUCGACCAACAAGCCGCGCCGGAGGCCAGCUCCGCCGCUCCGCAGGCCGACCCCGCGGCGGCCGAAGAGCCGGGCAAGAACGCGCCGCCCCCCAACGCGGAGAACGGCCACGGUCAGGCCAACGACCACGCAGCCCCCGCAAAUUCUCGCCCCGGCGAAAAGACCGCCGAGCCGCAACCGAACCUGGCCGGCAGCACGGACACCCUGCACGCGGACAUCUUCACCAACAGCAACUCCUCUGGCUCCUCCGAGAAGAAGAAGAAGGUCAAGUACAGGUACAAGCCAAUCCCGUUCGAUGUGCACAUGGCGUUCGGCCUCAACGAGUCGACAAUCUCGAGCUACAAAGCAAUCGAAAACAAAACCAUGCAGGAAACCCUCGAGGUAAUCCAACUCGCCGAGGCGAAGAACGCUGUCGAGGGAUACGUGUACGACGCCCUCAACAAGCUGGACGGCGUCUGGCGCGAAUUCGUCACGCCAGAAGACUACAUACAAUUCAAGCAAAAACUCCAAGAAAUCGCCGACUGGCUGUACGACGAGGGCGAAAACCAGCCAAAACAAGUCUACGACAACUACCUGGCGCAGCUCCACAGCACCGGGGACACAAUCGCCCACCGCUGCUACGAAAGCGAGAACUUCGAGCACUACUACUCCAAGUACAACCUAAUCGUCAAAGAAUACUACGAGAAAGCGACCGCCCCCCUGGAGGCCUACAGCCACAUCCCGGCCGAGGAAAAGGCCAAAAUCCUCGCCGAAAUCGAAAGCCAGCACAACUGGCUCAACAACAUGCUGAAGCGCCGAGCGGAGCUGAAGAAGACCGACGACCCCGUCCUCCUGACGAGCGACAUGCAAGCCAGGGCAAAUGCCCUGAAGCAACUGGCAGACCCAAUUUUGUCCAAGCCCAAGCCUGUUCAAAAAGAAUCACCCAAAGAAGCGCCCAAAGAAGCGCCCAAAGAAGCGCCCAAAGAAGGCGCCAAACCAGCGAGCCAGAACCCACCAUCGCCGUCCGCUCCGAGAGCGCUCCCAGCUCCCCUCCGAAGGCCGAGGACGGCAAGAUGGAGACGGAGGAAGUGAAGACCUCUCGAGUUUCAAAAGAUAGAGCAGUCGCCAGACCUGCCAAUGGAGGUCGACUCGAGCUCGUAAUUUGUCAUAUUUUUCAUUGCCCCCCCCCUGUUGUGUUGUAAGAAUAAAAAGUUUUUUGUUGCGACAACUUUUUGUCAGCCCCUCGAC